AGUCCUGCAACAAUAAACCAAUUAUAUCCACAUGAACCUCUUCUUUUUCUUCCAACAACUUCUUGAUGAUAACAUGUUGUUUUGGCAUAUUUUGAUCAUAACUUUGUUCAUUAAACUCCAUAUAUGGUAGAUUUUGAAAGUGGUAUAAAGAACCAGUAAGUGUUGCUAACUAACAGAGCCAAAUCUUACAUGCGGAGACAAUGAGUUGUGCUUCUUUAUCCUCUCUUCACCCUACUAAUCUUCACUUGGCUUUUCCCAGCAACUGGACUUUGAAAUCUCUGAGAAAAAGAACUGGGAUUUCCGAUUCUGUUUCUCCUGAAAGGAGCACUUCGAAACCAGAAAAGAAACAACAAAGAAGCAGCCAAGGAAAAAGCAUAUCGUCCAGAAAAGAUGACUCUCUCAUUUCCAAUUUUCAUGUAAGUCAGCCAGAUACGUCUCCUCCAUUGGUUACUGCACUGAAAGCUUUAGCCGCACAAAAUGCAGCCACUUUUCACUUCCCUGGCCAUAAUAGAGGGCAAGCUGCACCAGUUUCAUUAACACAGCUCAUUGGUUUAAAACCAUUUAUUCAUGAUUUGACUGGGCUUCAAGUGCUUGACAAGCUUUUUUCACCUGAAGGACCUAUUGUGGAGGCACAAAAGCAAGCUGCCAAAUUGUUUGGGUCGCUAGAAACAUGGUUCCUCGUUGGAGGUACAACGUCUGGGAUCCAAGCAGCAAUAAUGGCAACUUGUUCUCCGGGAGAACAUAUAAUUCUCCCUCGCAAUUGCCAUGUAUCUGCCAUUUCUGCUAUGGUAUUAUCAGGAGCAAUACCCAAAUACAUUAUACCGGAGUAUGAUUCUGAAUGGGACAUUGCUGGUGGGAUUACUCCAUUACAGGUGGAAAAAGCCAUUAAAGAGUUGGAGAUGGAAGGCCAUAAACCUGCUGCAGUUUUUGUCACUUCUCCAACUUACAAUGGCAUAUGCAGCAAUUUAAAUGAGAUUUCACAGCUUUGUCAUUGUCGAAAAAUUCCUUUAAUUGCAGAUGAGGCUCAUGGAGCUCACCUGGGAUUUCACCCCCAAUUGCCCCUUUCGGCUCUGAAGCAAAAUGCUGAUCUUGUGGUACAAUCGACUCACAAAGUUCUAUCCUCUCUCACACAGUCAUCAAUGUUACACAUGUCAGGAAAUAUUGUGGAUAGGGAGAGAAUUUCUCGGUGUCUUCAAACUCUUCAAACUACAAGCCCCAGUUCUUUACUUUUAGCCUCAUUAGAUGCUGCUAGAGCUCAACUCAGUGAAAACCCAGAAACUAUUUUCCACGAAACAAUGAAGUUAGCUAUUGAAUCUAAAGAACUUAUUAAAAAGAUUCCAGGUAUUACUUGGCUUGAGCUUCCACCAAGCUUCUGUAAAUUUCCUGCAAAGGAUCCAUUGCGCCUUACUGUCGGGUUCUGGCAGCUUGGUUUAUCCGGUUGUAAGGCAGGUGAUAUUUUAUACAGGAAUCAUGGAAUUGUACCUGAGCUUGUAGAAAGUCGAUCUAUUACACUUGCGAUUAAUCUAGGAACUUGUAAAGAGCAUGUUCAGAGGUUAGUGUCAGGAUUAGAAGAAUUAUCUGCAAGUUCCUUAAAAACUGGAACAGAAGAAAAGGUGAAGAAUGGAGAGAAUAUACCGUUUACUGAUAUUAGCAUGAGCUUGAAUCCGAGAGAUGCAUUUUUUGCUAAGAAAAGGAGAGUAUCAAUUGGAGAGAGCCUUGGAAAGGCGUGUGGUGAGCUUAUAAGUCCAUACCCUCCAGGGAUACCUGUGAUGAUUCCAGGCGAGGUUAUUACAGAAAGGGCUUUGGAUUAUUUGCUAGAUGUUAUAAGCAAGGGUGCUGUUAUUAAUGGAGCUUCUGAUCCUCAACUCUCUUCCAUAGUCAUAUGCAAUGUGUAAAAAUAAAAAAUAAAAAAAACACAAACUAGUGCUCUUCUUGUUUUGCUUCAUUCCACAAGCUUUAUAUCGGAUUUCUUGUGUAUCAUUCAUGAUAAUUGACUUUUCUCUGUCCGAAAUGAAUUAAUAAAAUUGGAUUUUCUCA